AUGGCUCCUACAAAGAAGAUGCGCCGUUUACCACCACCGAAGAGGGCAUUACUUGAACCCUACUCAUCCUCGACCGAUACAUGUACACCUUAUCCGGAAGGUCUUGCAGCAGAUGGAUUUGAGCCUAUUGGACCAUCUCUGUCUCAAAUUAAUGUGUUGUCAGGAUCUGAGACUAUUGCACCAACGCCGUCUCAAACUAAUGCACCACAUGGAUUUGAGAUUUGUGAAGCAUCUCUGUCUGAAACGCAGGCACCAUCUCCUCAAAGUCAAACAAGUGGCGCAGGUGCAUCUUCAUCAAGGCGAGUGCGGGGACCAACAGUUGGAAAAGCAAUAGCAACAAGAGUGUGCUAG